AUGAAACUGUUUCUGGUAGUCCUCGGAGUAACGGCGGCGCUCGCCGCCCCCCCGGCCCAGUACGAGCCCAUCGUUACCGACUAUCACGGUGAGAUCGGUAUCCCGGAAGCGGUCCGUAUCAAGGCUGCCGAAGCGGCUUCGGACUUCGAUGGCUCCAGAAUAGUUGGUGGUUCUUUGGCCAACACCGGCCAAUUCCCUUACAUGGGAGGAUUACUGGUCACUCUGAACACCGGAGGGCAAUCCGUCUGUGGAUCAUCCCUCAUCAGUCCCACGAGAGCCUUGACCGCCGCUCACUGCUGGCGCACCAGGCGGUUCCAGGGACUUCUGCUCACGAUCGUCCUCGGCUCACUCCGUCUCUUCUCCGGUGGAGUCAGAAUUAACUCCAACAACAUUGUCAUGCACGAGGGCUACGACAUGGACCUUCUUAGAAACGACAUCGCCAUCAUCAACCUCCCAGUCAUCGGACUUAACAACCAAAUCGGCACUGUCAACCUUGCCUCAGGCAACAACCAAUUUGUCAACGGCGUCGCUACCGCUAUUGGUUUUGGCAGAACCGGAGACUCAUGGAAUGGAGGAAUCACCACAGGUCAGCAACUGAGACACGUGAACCUCCGCGUUAUCACCAACCAGGAAUGUUCCUCCGUUUAUGGAACUGGCCCAGUUAUCGAUUCUACUAUCUGUGUCUCGGGCGCUGACAGACGCAGCACCUGCGGCGGUGACUCUGGCGGUCCCCUGGUCCUGAACAAUCAAUUGAUCGGCGUCACCUCCUUCGGAGCCGCCGCUGGCUGCGAGAGGGGCUUCCCGGCUGGUUUCGCAAGAGUUACAGCUUUCUACUCCUGGAUUCGUGCACGCUUGUGA